CGAGCCGAGCUCCGCGGGCAGCGCGGGGAUGGCCGCCGGGGGCUGUCCCGGCCGCCCGCUGCCGCCCCUGCCCCUGCUGCUGCUGCUGCUGCUGCUGCCGGUGCUGCUCGCCCUGCUCCGGCCGGGCCGCGCCGCGGCGGCUGAGAGCUGUGUAUGCAAAGGUAAAAGUCCUUGCUUCUGUGAUGGCACGAAAGGUAAUAAGGGUGAAAAAGGCUUCCCUGGUGUCCCAGGUCCACCUGGUCAUAGAGGCUUUCCCGGUCCAGAAGGGCCUCCAGGGCCACAGGGGCCAAAGGGUUCACCAGGACUUACAGGCUUAGUUGGACCCAAAGGUAUACGGGGAGCUCCAGGAAUACCUGGAUUUUCAGGUCCCCCAGGUCUUCCAGGUGAACCAGGAGCUGCUGGCCCUCCUGGACGCUCGGGUGUUCCAGGAUGCAACGGCACAAAGGGCGAUCAAGGUUUUCCAGGUCCUCCAGGUAGAAGAGGUGCUCCAGGCAUUCCAGGUGUCACUGGCAUCAAAGGAGAGAAGGGGUCCCCUGCAGAUGGAUAUAACCAAAGAUACGAUGCAAAAGGUGAUCCUGGGUUGCCAGGAAUGCCUGGGCUUCAGGGUGCACAGGGUGUUCAAGGAUAUCCUGGGGAAAAUGGGCCACAGGGCCCUCCAGGAACUUCAGGAAUGCCAGGGAGACCAGGACCUCCUGGACCUAAGGGUCUUAUGGGAAUAAAAGUAAUAGGAACCAAAGGAAGAAAGGGUGACACUGGAUUAACUGGACCCCCUGGACCACCAGGAACCGUUAUUGUGACAUUAAGUGGUCCAGACAACAUGACGGACUUGAAAGGAGAGAAAGGGGAAAAAGGAUCAAGAGGACUUCCAGGACCAAUGGGGUUUACAGGGCCAGUUGGUGAUUCUCAAAGUGAAAAGGGUGACCGAGGAGAACCCGGAGCACAGGGUAAACCUGGAAAAGAAGGUGCCCCAGGUCCACCUGGCUUACCGGGACAAAAGGGUGAACAGGGCAAACCAGGAAUGGCUGGCAGACAAGGAGCCAAGGGGAUAAAAGGCAACACUGGUCCGCCUGGAGCUUGUGGUCGAACAGAGUAUUAUGAGUAUGUAGUUGGUGAUAAGGGAGAUGAAGGACCCCCUGGACCUCCAGGACCAAAAGGUCAACGUGGUAUGCCUGGGCCACAGGGUCCUCCUGGAGGUGCUGGUAGACCAGGUGUGUCAAGACCUGGUCUGAGAGGUCCCCCGGGAUUUCCUGGCCCAAAAGGAAAAAAAGGAGAAAAAGGACAAACAGGCUUGUGCAUUGUAGGCCCUCCAGGACUACCUGGGAUUACUGGCAGACCUGGUUCUGUUGGAUUACCAGGUCCUCCAGGAGAACCAGGUAGAGUAAUAUUUAGAACAGGCCCACCAGGACGUCCUGGAGAGCCAGGGUAUGCAGGACCUCCAGGACCUCCAGGAGAUGUUGGCAUGAAAGGUGAUGAAGCUUGCGUGUGUACUGAUUGUAGCUAUGUUCCGGGAACACCUGGUCUUCCUGGUUCGCCUGGGCCACACGGCCAGGAUGGCAUCCCAGGUAGGGAAGGAAUACAAGGUCCCAAAGGAGCUCCAGGUCCUCCAGGAGCACCAGGGUUUCCAGGAGCUCAAGGACCUCCAGGUUUUAAAGGAGAUCAAGGACAUAAAGGAUCAAAAGGUGAGCCAGGAUACGUGUAUCCAGAAGGGCCAAAAGGUGAGCAAGGAGAUCCAGGGUCCAGGGGAGACAAAGGAAGAAAAGGUUCAAGUGGAUUUCCGGGAAGAUCUGGACCAAAGGGCUACAAGGGUUCUAAAGGUGAAGAGGGAUUGCCUGGUACAAAAGGAGAUAGAGGACUACCUGGACUGCCUGGUAAUCCUGGUCUCCCUGGAGAGAUGGGGCUUCCUGGACCACCAGGAUAUGGACCACAAGGAAUAAGAGGUUUCAAAGGCUCUAAAGGAGUACCUGGUCCUCCUGGAUUGCCUGGAGAAGCUGGUCUGAAAGGAGAGACCAGUAGGAUAACUCCAUUGCCUGCAUUGCCAGGACCUCAAGGACCAGAUGGUUUACCUGGACCCCCAGGGGUGCCUGGAAGGGUCGGAACAAACGGUCAGCCAGGUGAUCCAGGACAUCCAGGGCCAACAGGUGACACAGGCUUUCCAGGGCUUGGGUUUCCUGGAAACCCAGGUCCAAAAGGAGAUAAGGGACUUACUGGAGGCAGAGGAUCACCAGGUUGUGAAGGAAAAAUUGGAGAGCCAGGACGAGCUGGAAAUCUGGGACAACCAGGAGAAAAGGGGGACCCAGGCAUGAUUAUUCAUGGGGAGCCAGGCAGACUUGGUUCACCAGGAGGUCGUGGCAUUCCUGGCCCAAAAGGUGAUACAGGAUUUCCAGGACUUCCAGGCCUACCAGGACGUGCUGGACGUGAUGGUGAUGAUGGCCUAAGAGGAGAUCCUGGCUCACCUGGAGUUCCAGGGGAUCCAGGUUUUCCAGGGAAACCUGCUGAGUGUCUUACUGGCCGGCCAGGUUUGCCAGGUGGCCAGGGAGCUACAGGCCCACCAGGAGGAAGAGGUUCAUUAGGUUCAAAAGGAAAACUUGGUCCUCCUGGCUUGGGUAUCCCAGGAAUCUAUGGAAAACCAGGGGAACCUGGCUUAAUCGGUCUUCAGGGAAACGCAGGAUUACCUGGUUUCAAGGGACAGUCUGGAAGACCAGGAAUCGAUGGUGUGCCAGGCCCUAGGGGAGAGCCAGGUAUAAUGGGCCCAUUAGGAAUUCCUGGACCCCCAGGCAUGAUUGGAAGUCCAGGCAACCCAGGUGUCAGGGGUUCUUUUGGCUUCCCAGGGCUAAAAGGAAGAAAGGGGUUUCUUGGAGCAAAAGGUGAACCAGGUGAUAAAGGUUUUCCUGGACCUUCUGAGACCUUGGUUAGCAUUGGAAAUAAAGGAGAGCAAGGCCCAAAAGGAGUCCAAGGAAGCAUGGGUCUAAGAGGAGAAAAAGGAUAUGCAGGUGUACAAGGUCCCCCAGGUCUUGCUGGAUCUGAAGGAGUACCUGGUAUACCAGGUGCCAAAGGAUUUAUGGGUCUUCCAGGUAUUCCUGGAGGACAAGGAUUCCCAGGUGCACCAGGAGACAAAGGGAACAUGGGAAUUCCAGGUUCAAAAGGACAGAAAGGAUCUCCAGGCUUUCCAGGAGCAUCAGGUGACCCUGGUCCAACAGGCUAUGGUGGCUUUCCAGGUGAAAAAGGAGACCCUGGGCACCCAUCUCCUGGGCCCCCAGGAGAACCUGGUCCAAAGGGAGAUUCAGGUGCUCCUGGACUUCUGGGCAGCAAAGGAGAAAAAGGGUCCCAAGGUCAGCCAGGACAUAGAGGAAUACCAGGGCCACAAGGGAUCAGAGGGGAAACAGGAGUUGCAGGAAUCCCAGGGAAACCUGGACCUCCUGGAGAUGUUGGUGUUAAAGGACAGCAGGGUCGCCCAGGACAACAGGGCAUUAUAGGCCCUCCUGGUGCUGUUGGAUACCCUGGAGAAAAUGGACUUGCUGGUGAAAGAGGCAAUCAGGGUCGGGAUGGUAUGCCUGGUCCCCCAGGAGUAAAGGGAGAACCAGGGGCACCAGGGAGAGGUAUCCCUGGACUUCGAGGUGUUCCUGGUCGUAGAGGAAUCAAAGGGGACAUGGGGCUGCCUGGUUUUCCUGGGCCACCAGGUGUGAAAGGUCGUCAGGGUGAUCAAGGACCCGUUGGACCUCCUGGCUUAAUGGGGUUACCUGGAUUUCAAGGUGCAACAGGCAUGGCAAUUACUGGCCCAAAAGGAAAUAGAGGCCUUGCUGGUGCAGAUGGAAGACCAGGUGCUCCUGGUUUUCAAGGGUUGCCUGGUCUUCCCACUCCCAGCAUGAAAGGAAACAAAGGUGCUAGAGGGGCAGAUGGCAUACCAGGGCCAACAGGUCCAAACGGCGACACUGGACCUCCAGGUCCAAAAGGAAUAGAAGGUCGACCAGGUUAUCCUGGUGCUAGAGGGGACCCUGGUUUUCUUGGAUUUCCAGGUGUAAAAGGAGAAAAGGGUAAUCAAGGACCCCCUGGACCACAAGGUGCAGAAGGGCCAAGGGGACCAAAAGGCCAACGUGGUCCACCUGGAGUCUCUGGGAGAAUAUUCUCUGUCCCAGGAAGCAAGGGGCCUCCUGGACUGCCCGGAGUCCCAGGAACACCAGGAGAUCAAGGAAUUCAAGGGAUUCCUGGGCUACAAGGACCUAAAGGAGUAAAAGGUCUACCAGGAAGCUUUGGUCGUCCAGGUCAACCAGGACUGCCUGGUCCAAAAGGAGACCGGGGAUUUCCAGGAGAAAGAGGACAACCUGGACUGAUUGGCUUUCCUGGUCUACAGGGGUUACCUGGAUCACCAGGUACUAUCAUCACUGGUCCAACAAGAAGAGGUUUUAUCUUUACCCGGCAUAGUCAAACAACAAAGACUCCUUCGUGUCCGCCAGGGACAUCACAGAUCUAUGUUGGCUUUUCGCUGCUUUUUGUUCAAGGAAACGAACGAGCGCAUGGACAAGACCUUGGAACAGCUGGUAGCUGCUUGCAGAGAUUUACCACCAUGCCAUUCCUAUUCUGUAACACCAAUGAUGUUUGUAGCUUUGCUUCUCGCAACGACUAUUCAUACUGGCUGUCAACUGUGACAGCAAUGCCAGUAGACAUGGCACCGAUUUCUGGCAGAGCACUAGAGCCGCAUAUAAGCAGAUGCAUUGUCUGUGAAGGACCUGCAAUGGUAAUAGCAGUUCACAGCCAAACAACUGUAGUUCCUGCAUGUCCAGAAGGCUGGAUAUCUCUCUGGAAGGGUUUUUCUUUUGUUAUGUAUACGAGUGCUGGCUCAGAAGCUUCUGGCCAAGCGCUGGCAUCUCCUGGAUCUUGCUUGGAAGAAUUUCGAGCCAUCCCGUUCAUAGAGUGCCAUGGCAGGGGCACAUGCAACUACUACACGAACUCCUACAGCUUCUGGUUGGCAUCACUAAAUCCACAAAGAAUGUUCAGGAAACCUCUGCCACAGACAUUGAAAGCAGGAGAACUAGAGAACAUCAUCAGUCGUUGUCAGGUCUGCAUGAAGAGACCAGUGUAAACAAGGGCCUCUCUUGAUGGAACGUGAAACUCUGCUUUUAUUACAAAGAAUUGCCUAACUUUGAAGAGCAAUAAUUUAUUAAAGUCCAACUGCAUCUGGAAAGAAAACUGUAAAUUGCCAGUGCAGCACUGUGGUGAGGUAGGACAACAGUUUGACUUUUGGUCUUUAGCAAAUGACAAAGCACUUUGUUGAAGUAAGCGUGUAAUGGCAGUCUGCAGGGUCUCCUCCAGAACCGUGUCAUCUCUAUGCUGCAUCUUCACAACAAAAUCUGUGGCGUUGCCAGAUCUUUAAUGAAAGACAUUAAUGCUGCCUUGUGUCAUGUGCUUUUCAAACCGCAAGACAAAAUGCUGUAAUAUCAGCUUACAGUUCAGUGUUCAAAGUAGGUAUAAUUUAAGAUAAAAGUCUGGCACUUAUGAGAGAUAGGGUGGGAUAGGAAAUAUUUUCAGUGCACUUUUAAUUACAGUAUUGGUUAAUUUAGGGUUGUUUUGGUUUGGGUUUCUUGUCUAAUAAAGAAGUAUUUCCCCUACUUAGCUCACCCUUCCUUGGGCUGGGAAGCAGGAAUGCAGUCUUUUUUGUAUCACUGCAAUAAUAAUGGAUUUUGACUAUCCAGAAAGGGAGCUAAACUGUGCACUGGAUAGACACUAGAGAGCUGACAUGCACCAGCUCUGUUCUCCAGGGUGACAUCAGCUAAGCUCUAACUAAUUGUAAGCAUAUGAAAAUGUUCUUUAGAAUCCAUGCUUUUGACACAGAUUAUGAGAUCUUUUAAAGUUCUCAGAAAUUGACAGUAUUUGGCCUUUAUUAUGAUCACGUGGUUUUUGUCUCUACUAAAGAGCAACUAUUUAACAUAUCAUAAUUUAAGAAAUUGAUGUAAUUUACAAUUACUGUAUGGUUAAAGAGCUCCUGUGGCAUUAUCAGAUUAUCCCACAACCUCCAGGAGGUAAUCUGUAAUUCAUUUUUUUAAUAUUCCAUUAAAAUUCCAUUUACAUAUUUAUCAGAAAUGGUAUUUCAUUUUUAAAUAUGUAUCACAAACAUUUCUUCACAUUUCUUCUAUUCCAUCCAGUUAAAUUCAUGCAUCCAAAAUGGAAAUAAGACUGAUAUUUAAAUUGUACCACUGAGCACUGACUUAACAUGAGAAUCCAACUGUAAAUGAACAUAAAUACUUGAAAAGCACUUUCACUUACUCAUAUAACUUAUGCAAAAUUGUAGCUCUGAUUUGUUUUUAAUAUUUGUAACAUUGCACUUGCAAGGCUAUUUAAAAUUGUAAUGUUAACAUUUAAGAUGUUAAUAUUUUUAAUACUUGCACAAAUUAUCAGAAUUCCAGUAUUUAGUGUUAGAGAAGAAGCCUAAUUCAUCUGAAGAGUUCUGUAAAUCUAUCAUUUUAAAUGUAGGGUCUAGCAAUUCAUUGAAAUAACCAAGAUUUCUCAUUUAGAUCUUUUUUAAGUCACUGAUAUUUUAUAUUGUUUCUGUUAAAAUACUUGCAUUAUGUUUGUCUGUUUGAAUUUUCAGUGUUAACCUAACUAUGAAACGGUUUCAUCUGUGUUUCAUGUCAGUAUCUUCUGAUGGAGGUAACUUGAAGAUACCAUUUACUACAUGAACUGAAUGAAUAUUUUAAAAGUAUUGUUAGCCUGAACAAUUACAGUACUUCUGUUUGCCAGGUAUAAUUGUGAAUUUGCAGGUUUUUAUGAAGAAUCUCUAUGCAGAUGCACUAUUGAUAAGAAGGUAUUAAUGUCAAGUUAAUAUUCAAACUUCCAUUUAAACAAGAUUUGGGGAUGGAGGUGUUUUUUAUAAGACAAUCACUUGAUAGAUUUUUCCAUGAGCUCUGAAGUUUAUUUAAGUACUCAAAGAUAAAACCUAUAUCUGUUGCUUGUUAAGAUUUAAUUUUUCAUUAAAGCUCACUGCAGUCACACAAAGGCAUUGUAUACUGUAUACAAUUAAUGACUGUGGAGAUGCUUAUGCAAAACUUACUAAAAUGCAGAAAGUAACUGACAUUGAAGCCUUCUAGAAAUAUUCAGUAGAGGAUAAUGUAUGAGGAGAAGGGAAUGGAUUGUGGCCUUAAAGUCAAAGGUAAGUUACAAAGAGCCAUGUCUCAUAGCACAGAAUCAUAGACUGGUUUGUGUUGGAAGUGACCUUGAAGAUCAUCUCGUUCCAAGCCCCCUGCCAUGGGUAGGGGUCACCUCCCAUGAGAGCAGGUUGCUCAGAGCCCCAUCCAGCCUGGCCUUGAACACUUCCAGAGAUGGGUUAUCCAUAAUUUCUCUGGGCAACCUGUUCCAGUGCCUCACCACCCUUGUAGUAAUUAAUUUCUUCCUAAUACCUAAUCAAAAGUUGCUUUCUUCUAGUUUAAAACCAUUAACCCUUGUCUUUUUGCUACAUUCCUUUAUAAAGACUCCCUCCCCAUUUUUCCUUUAGGCCCCCUUUAAGUACUGGAAGGCCACUGCAAGGUCUCCUGGGAGCCUUAUCUUCUCUUCAGUUGGGCUAAACAACCCCAAACCUAUCUGUAUGACUUUGUAGGAAUGGUGCUCCAGCCCUCUGCAUUUUUGUGGCCCACCUCUGGACCCACUUGAACAGGUCCAUGUCUUUCCUAUGGUGGGAGUCCCAGAACUGAACACAGUUCUCCAGAUAAUGGGCAGUUACGUCUUGCUCCCAGUUUUGAAUUCUGCUGCUCACUUAUCACGUGGCCUUCAACAAGUUACUAAAGAAAAACUUCCGUAAAUAGCUUUAGAUUUCGAGUGCUCAUACUUGAGCUUUCUUUCCAAAACAUGAAACACUCCAAACUGCAGGGACAAAUAUCGAGCCCAGCAUAAUACAAGCUGGAAACUGAAAAUCAAAGAAAAACUUGAAAAAAAGUUUAUCUUUAUUUCUCACUGCAGGUGCAGAUCAUUUUAUUUCUCUAUUGUUAAUGAUUGUUGUGAGAAUUACUUAACUUGUGUCUGUAAAUAAAUUGAGAGCCUUAACUGGAAAGUGCUGAAGAGGUGCAAAGUGUUAAUAUAUUGUACUGAAAGAAUGGAAGCAUAAGAAAUCAGAAAUAAUGAGAAAACAAUAGAAAAAAAAAAAAAAGAAAAAGGAGGAAAAGAAACCUUCUGCUAAAUACAACCAAAUAAAAAUAUUUUGACUACGCAAAA